CCUAUGCAGCUUCGUAACGACUAAAUUAUGACUACAACACUAACAAAUUUAUACUGGCGCUAUUCUUUGAUGGCCAAUAAUCUUCUUCUACAUUUCAACACCCACCUCAAUUUUGUCUUGACUUUCACCAUGAAACUCCUGGCCCAGUUUUUUAUCUGAUAAAAUUUUACACUUGAAUGCUGGAGUUUUCAUCAUCAGUUUCAUAACUUCGUUUUGCAAGAAUCUGUAUCUGGGUUCUCGGCAAUUUUCAAUUUUGAUGGCUGGUGAGUGGUGCCUUGUCAGUUGACUUUACCUUAGAUUCUUCAACUCAGUACUUCUUAUAGAAGCUGUUAUUUCUGUUGUUCAUACCAUCCUUUUUCGUUCCAUUUUGUUUCUGUUAUUGUUGUAUUGAUUCAUUUUGGAUAACUAUUCUCUGUGGACCUGUAAAUCGUAACCCAACAUUGUUCAUUGUUCUCUUUACCUCUUGAUCUGUACUUCAAAUUUUUCUAAAACAUUGCAGGGUCGUUUUCUUUUUUCCUGCUAAUCACAUUUGCAUUACUGCCGUUGCCAUUUUGAUUACUGAUUCUUUCUUUCAAAAGAAAGUUUGAAUUUUUGAUGAAACUACUUCAUUCAUUUAUCUUGUCGCAAAUUGAGAUUUUCAACUGUUUUCCUUUUUUUUUUUUUUUGGUUGUAUUUUUCCAAGUAUUUUUUGCCUUUAAAUUUCAGAAUCUAUCAUGUUUGAUAUAUUUUAGUGUAAUUAGAGCAUAGGCAUCAAUGUCAAUUUUAUGUGGCCUCCCUCUCCUUGAGUGUGUGUAUUGCCUGGCAUGUGCCCGCUGGGCGUGGAAGCGAUGUCUCCACACAGCUGGCCAUGACAGUGAAACUUGGGGAGUUGCAACUGCUGAAGAAUUUGAGCCUGUUCCUCACCUAUGCCGCUAUAUCCUGGCUGUCUAUGAAGAUGAUCUUAGGCAUCCGCUUUGGGAGCCCGCUGGAGGAUAUGGGAUUAAUCCAGACUGGUUAUUACUGAAAAAGACUUAUGCAGAUACUCGAGGACAAGCCCCCCCAUAUAUAUUAUAUCUUGAUCAUGAACAUUCUGAUAUAGUCCUUGCCAUUAGGGGCCUUAAUUUGGCCAAGGAGAGUGACUAUCAAGUGCUUUUGGAUAAUAAGCUAGGGAAAAGGAAGUUUGAUGGUGGAUAUGUCCAUAAUGGACUACUGAAGGCUGCUGGGUGGGUUUUGGAUGCAGAGUGUGAGAUUUUGAAGGAAAUGGUAGAAAAGUAUCCAAAAUAUACAUUGACUUUCACAGGACAUUCUCUUGGGUCAGGUGUGGCGACAAUGCUAGCAUUAGUGGUUGUGAAAAUUAGGGAUAAAUUGGGAAACAUUGAAAGAAAGAGGAUCAGGUGCUAUGCUAUUGCACCUGCCAGGUGUAUGUCACUAAAUUUGGCAGUCAGAUAUGCAGAUGUUAUCAAUUCUGUUGUACUUCAGGAUGACUUCUUGCCCAGAACGGCUACAUCUUUGGAAGACAUUUUCAAAUCACUUUUCUGCUUGCCAUGUCUACUAUGCCUAAGGUGUAUGAGGGAUACAUGUAUACCUGAGGAGAAGAUGCUCAAAGAUCCAAGGAGGUUGUAUGCACCUGGUCGCUUGUAUCACAUUGUUGAGAGAAAGCCCUUCAGACUGGGAAGAUUUCCCCCCGUAGUAAGAACAGCAGUUCCAGUGGACGGGAGGUUUGAACACAUAGUUCUUUCUUGUAAUGCCACUUCUGAUCAUGCCAUAGUUUGGAUACAAAGAGAAGCCCGGAGGGCUUUGGAUAUAAUGUUAGAGAAAGAUCCAGUCAUGGAAAAACCAGAUAAGCAAAAGAUGGAGAGGCAGGAGUCUUUGCAUAAAGAACUCACUCAGGAGUACAAGGCAGCGCUGCAGAGAGCUGUUCGGCUGGCAGUGCCGCAUGCUCUUGUGCCAUCUCAGUAUGGAACUUUCGAUGAAGAGGAAGGCGAGAGCUCGCAUGGAUCUAGCAGAGAAACAUCUUUUUCUCCAUCUACAAAGAGCAAAACAAAAGAAACUUGGGACGAGUUGAUUGAGCGCCUUUUUGAGAAGCAUGAAUCUGGUCACUUGAUACUGAAGAAAUCGCAUAGGGAUAAUUGAUAGACAUUAUUAUUUGAGAACUAUUCAUACAUUCAUUCAUUCAUUCAUUCAUUCGUUCGUACUUCAUACCCAUUUAUCAAAUAAUAAUGAU